GGCGUUUAAAACCGAAUGGUGUCAGAUUUUCUGGAAGCGUCGUUGACGGGAGACGUGACUUUGUUGUCGUCUCCUUCACAGUCAAAUCUGCUGUCUUGUCUACCAGUCACUCACUCGCUCGAUCUCUAAACUUGUGGGGAAUUUUGAAACCGACACACAGCUACAGGCGGAAGAAAAGGCUAGCGCCGCUCAUCGGACCCUUCCGUUAAGUCAUUCAUCUGUUCGUCCACGGCGGAAUUGAAACUGGAUGUUUCCAUUCAAGAGGAGUUUGUUGUUCCCCCACAAAACGCAAGGCCUCCGAUCUUACUCAUCCAUUCUCCCAUAUCCUGAGAGCCUUCGAGAGGACACAAAACUUUAACGGGGAUUUCCAGGGGUGACUGUUAAGUGCGUUCCCAUCCGCCAGUGGGCCUGCUGGUGCAUCGUCGUCAUGGCUACCAACAGGGAACAGCAGGUGGGCCACAUGACUGGCUUCCCACCUGCUGUCUACCCCUUCGCCUUCAACUCCAUGAGAAGCCACUCUCCCUUUGACCUGCUGGCCAACAGUAGCCUUUUUGGGAGAUUUGGUGCUGACCUGCCCAAAGAGAUGGCUGCACUCUCGGUGGAGACCCAGAGCACCAGCUCAGAGGAGAUGGUACCCAGUUCUCCAUCUCCACCUCCCCCACCUCGUGUCUACAAGCCCUGCUUUGUGUGCCAGGACAAGUCCUCAGGGUAUCACUAUGGGGUCAGCUCCUGUGAGGGUUGCAAGGGUUUCUUCCGUCGCAGCAUCCAGAAGAACAUGGUGUACACCUGCCACCGAGACAAGAACUGUCAGAUUAACAAGGUCACACGCAACCGCUGCCAGUACUGCAGGCUGCAGAAGUGUUUUGAGGUCGGCAUGUCCAAGGAAGCGGUACGCAAUGACAGAAACAAGAAAAAGAAGGAUGUGAAGGAGGAGGUGGUGCUCCCAGAGAGCUACGAGCUCAGUGGAGAGCUCGAGGAGUUGGUCAAUAAAGUCAGCAAAGCUCAUCAAGAAACCUUCCCGUCACUUUGCCAACUAGGCAAAUACACCACCAACUCCAGCUCAGACCACCGCGUUCAGCUUGAUCUGGGUCUAUGGGACAAGUUCAGCGAGCUGUCCACCAAAUGCAUCAUCAAGAUCGUGGAAUUCGCUAAACGGCUGCCAGGGUUCACCACCCUCACUAUCGCUGACCAGAUCACACUUCUCAAGUCUGCUUGCCUGGACAUUCUGAUGCUGAGGAUCUGCACACGCUACACUCCAGAACAGGACACAAUGACCUUCUCUGACGGCCUGACUCUGAACAGGACUCAGAUGCACAAUGCCGGUUUUGGACCGCUGACAGACUUGGUGUUCGCCUUUGCCGGCCAGCUUUUACCCCUGGAGAUGGACGACACCGAAACUGGCCUCCUCAGUGCCAUCUGCCUCAUCUGUGGAGAUCGUAUGGAUCUGGAGGAGCCCCAGAAAGUGGAUAAACUGCAAGAGCCUCUACUCGAGGCUCUAAAGAUUUACGCCCGCCGUCGUCGCCCCAACAAGCCCCACAUGUUCCCCCGAAUGCUUAUGAAAAUUACGGACCUCAGGGGCAUCAGCACCAAGGGUGCCGAGAGAGCCAUCACUCUGAAGAUGGAAAUCCCCGGCCCGAUGCCUCCUCUGAUCAGGGAGAUGCUGGAGAACCCGGAGGCUUUCGAGGACCAAACAGAGCGCAACGACAGCCCGCCGCCACCCCCGCCCCCGCCCCCGCCCCCGCAGCCACCUCCGCCCCCCACCCUCGUGCUGAAGCAGGAGGCCGAGGACGAGGACGACAGCUGGGCCACGGAGAACGGCAGCGAGCCGUCGCCGGAGGAGGAAGAGGAGGACGACGACGAUGACGACGUGGGCGAUGAAGAGAGAGACAGGGGCUCGGAAAGCGAUGGGGAGCAGUGGGGGGUUGUGGAUGCCAUAGAUUUAGACGGCAACAGGAAAGGCCUUGUAGGGAGGGCUCAGUGAACAGCCCAUUUCAUACACAUGCACUGAUUGAUGACACACACACACACACACACACAACACACACACAUAGAUAACCUCACUCCAUCUCGCACCUCGAUAAAAAGCUGGCCUUCUCCCCCUCCUGCGCUCCCCCUCCCUCACAUCCUGGUGUCCUCCACAGCGGAGCCUUAUGAGUUCAGAAGCAUUAAACUGUGGCCCACAUGCUCCAUGACAAAUGAACUCCAGACACAUCAAGCAAAGGAGAGACGACAAUAAAACAGACACACACACACACACACACACAAACUCCUGUCAAGGCAAAGGGGAAUGUUACAUGACAAAAAGAAGCCAAGCUCUCAUGUCUCCACUAUUGGUGUUCCUAUCUGAAGAGGACAAAGCACAUUUGUCAUAACAAACAAGAGUACAAGGCAAAACCAAAUCACAUUAUGUUAAUCUUUUUUUUGUGGUUAUCAAUAUUGUUAUUGUUUUUUAUUUUAUUUUCUCAAUUUAUGAAAGUUCAUGCAUAUAUAUAUAUAUAUAUAUAUAUAUAUAUAUAUAUAUAUAUAUAUAUAUUUACCAUUGUAGUUUUGUCUGUGUUAUUCUGGUUUUAUAUGACUUCCUUGUUUAUUUUGAAGAGCUUUUCUGAGGCGAUAUUCAGACGGAAAGCAGAAUGCAGACUGGGUCUUCCGUAACACUUCAACAGUUUGUUUGUUUUUUUAUUGGCAGUGGGGAGGGGACUUCACUGUGGGUGACAGUGAUAAUCAAACAAUGAGGACUGUUGUCACGUUGCAGUGAAUAAUCACAUCUCUGUUGUCAGAGAAAUUGGGAGCAUUCUCUUUUGCUCAGCUCGUUCGGGCCGCCGCUUUUGAAUUCAAUGUCGUGCCAAAGUUUGGGAAAGUUCCGAUUUUUAAGGUGCGGGGGAGUUUGACUACUGGCAGGUCUUCCAACCACAAUUCGUACACACACACACACACACACACACUUUCAGCUGUUGCAGAUUCACACUUGAUCGUACAUGUAGCACUUUUGUACAAGACAAUUGCAUGGGCAUGUUCAACCGGCAAUACAAUCAACCUCGGAGCUCUUUCCGACGAUGUCAAUGAAAAUAUAUACACACACGGAGGACAAAUAAACAAACAAAAACAGCGCAGCAAUUGAACACACGUAUGCAAGUGGAAAGCAGGAAAAUUCUUCUGGAAGAUAUUUUAGAAUAAGACUCAGGGCUUUUCGAUGAGGACCAAACACUAGCUGCUUGCAGGCACUAGAAACAGGCAAUAUUUAUGUGUAUCCUUGACCCCGUUUUGAUUAGCUCGACCCCCUCUGCGUGUACAUAGAAGGUGACAUAGAAGUCUGAGCAGGUAGCACGGUUGCCAGCGUGACUUGCUUCCAGCAUCGUCCUUGCCUGACCUUCGCUCAGGCUGGCAUCCAUGCAACACGCUGCCUUCUCAUCCCCCCAAAAAAAGCCAUCGUUAUAGCAUCAUUUCUUGUGUAUAUCCUCACUUCUCUUUUCAAUGUGUAGGAAUAUGUGUUCUUCUGUAUCAUUUCUAUAUUUCUAUGUUGCCAAAAUCUCUCAUUUGGCAAGCAGUCGUGGGAAAAGCAGCUGAAAUACAGAAUUUUACUUGUCUUCUCUUUCAAGCAAUAUAAACUGUAGCGACGAGAGGGCCAAUAACAUGAAUGUGGGCAGGUCUCCUCAUUUUCAGUUGUGUGCAAGUGCGUGCGUGCGUGCGUGUACACAGUUAAGCCCAAAAUGAUUCAUACCCAAGCCAAAUUGAGUUAACGUGAAUUUGUAUUUGUUGAAUGUGUAUAUUUAGCUGGAAAUGACUUAAGAAUGUGUUGAAUUUUCCUUUCUCUUUCUAUGCAUGCCAAAUGUUCUAGAUCAGUGGUAACUCAAACAUUUUACACCAAGUGCCACCUUAAAAAGAUACUUUCAAAUACUAACUUUGGAAGCCACUGUAACAAUAUACACUGUUUGAACAUUGACACUCCACUCAGAUAUCAGAAAAAAAACAAAAAAGAUUUGAUUAAAAUGCAUUGCACAUAAAAGUUGAAUUCAAAUUGCACCUAAGUAAAUGUUUGAAAACAAAUAGUUCAUGAAAUGAAUGCAAACGUAUUGAGGUGGAAAGUUAAAUACAACUGAACUGUACUCAGGCAGUGAUUCUUUUGCAUGCCACUGGAGGGAGCCCAAUUUGAGAAUCACUGUUAUCUGUAUCCUUUAUGAUGGUGCAAAAUAUUGUUUCCUCACAUGUGUCUGUUAAAAUCAGGCUCAUGAAAAUGAAGAUUCACCAUUCACCAAAUAACAAUUCCCUUUCAAAUUCACUCAAAACGUAGCCAGGCUCUGAAUGACUUUGGGCUAACUGUGCGUGAGCGUGUUUUCAGCCAUAGGAUGUCCGCUGUUACGGUGCUGUCACACACUAAAGUGUCUUUGUGUGAUGACUCUCUGCUGGGCUGUUACCAUGUUAAUGUAAUGUUGAUGGAGACGGAACAUUUGAGAUGAUGCUGUUUUCAUCGUUCUACUUUUUCAACAUGGCCAAUGUGUUGUGUACCCAUUGUUUAUGUCAACUCUUGUUAUACAAAGAAAAGCCAUAUAAACAGUAAGAGGCACAAUAAACUACUUUUGUGAGA